AAAACGUAUUUUGUCCCUAAAGAUAUGCCGUAAUAUUGCCGUAAAGGACGCAACUGUCGCAAAGCACUCGCUGACAUCAGAGGUCACAACAAACCAAUUCAGAAUGGGAGGCGACCAUGGACACGAAAAGCUCCAUUUGCCCGACUGGAGGCAGUGGAAGAUCGAGGGGACCCCGCUGGAGUUCACGCAGAAGAGGCUGCAGGCAAGAGGCCUCAGCGACCCGUGGGCUCGCAACGAGGCUUGGAGGUACUCCGGCGGCUUCACCAAGACUGCGUCCGUCUCGAAUGUGUUUCUCAAAGGAUUCAAAUGGGGAUUCGCUGCAUUUACUGUGGCUCUGGCUGUAGAGUACGCCUUCUUCCCUCCCAGCAAGAGUGACCACUGACGCUGACUCCGCCAACAGCUACAUCCUCAAUGUCGUCCUUUCUGUUGAGUAAUAAACCUAUUUUGAUCUUGA